GCACAAAGGUGGAACUAUGUUCAACGUAGGGUUGGCAUAGUCAGCAGUUAUUCGGCGAGGACUAACCCGAGGAUGUUAGAAGGUGUCAGAAGGGUGAUGUGACAAACUGAUGACUUUAGUUAUUCGAACUUAAACACAAUGUCUGUUAUAAGUCAUGUACAAGAACCCAAUCUGUGGGAUUUGAUCUGUAAAGAUUUUGCAUCCCGCAAGCCCCCAUUUCAAGAUGAUGAUGCUAUGUCAGUGCACACAGAAUAUUCUGACUUUGACCCAGGCAAACAUAAUCCUGUGUUUUAUGGGAACAUGCACCAAAAAGUUGAGGUAGACUCAGAGCCUUUUGAAGAGGUAGACAUUUCCAUGGGGCAUACAUCAUGUGCUGGCUAUGCCUUUGUUGAGAAACCACCCAAGUCGCCUUCACCACCUCCUCCUCCUGCACCCAACAAAGACACCUGCACACACAGGGAGUAUUUGGAACACUAUAUAUUUCCUAUAUUAUUACCUGGUUUAGAAGAAAUGCUAAAACAAGCAAAGUUGGAAAAAUGCUUUGAGAGGAAGAGAACAAAGUUUAAUGCGCUGGAUUUCUUAACAGAAUAUCUGUGGGGAUGGAAUCCAUUAUAUAAAGACAGAGAUGGGAUACCCCUUUUAGAGAUACCCUUUGUAAAGACAUGGCUCAAGGACCAUCCUCGUCCUCCAUUGCCUUUGUCACUUAUCUGGACGGAAGAGGAGGCAGCUCUUGUCAUCCAGUCCUUUUGGAGAGGCUAUCAGGUUCGUAAAACUCCAGAAAUUCAAGAGUUAAGAAUUUGGCAGAGAGAGUGGCGAGAAGAGAAUGCAAAUGUCACCAUCAAGGUUAGCGAUUUCUGGGCUAAGCAGAUGCCUGAAGGGGAGGGGUUCUCGCCCUGUCAAUCUGAUCAGGUUAUUCCAGAUAGCAGUGCAACAAGUAGCCAGGUACAGGAUAAGCCCGACACUGUGAACUCUUCAGAUCCAGACACAAGCCACGUACAGUUGGAGGUAGAUUCAAGUCAAGUUAGUCAGCACGCAACAGAUGCUGAUUAAAACACUGUAAAAACACCUGAGGUGAUGCUUACCACAUUAUAGAAACAUGUAUUGAAACUGGUUUUGGAGGCACAGAAUUACAUGUACUGCAAGUUGAACUGUGGUCAUGAUUACUGUUUUCAAACCCCACCAAAACAAGACAUUGCUUCAUUAGAAAUUCUGCUAUGUUGAAAUAGCCUCUGUGAUGUAAAUAGCACCAAUAAACUUUUUACGUGUAAAAAUUGAGAUAUUCAGACUUGUGUAUGUAAAAUGGUAACAUUAUCAGUUCUCAGUUUUGGAACUGAUUAAGGUUGGUAGUCUGUAUUAUCUGAUGCUUGUGGUUUGCCAAAUACUUGCCUGG